AUGAUAGACUUUGUUGGGAGUUUCCGGGGAUGCUUGCCCGUGGCUAUAGGAUCCUCCGUUGCCUCCGAUCUCCCCCCGUCGCCACCGUUCCCCCCGUCGCCAUCGUUCCCCCCGUCGCCAUCGUUCCCCACCGCUGCCAUUGUUCCCCUCCGUCGCCAUCCUCCGCCCUCGCUCCCAUCCGUUAAUACCGUUUCCUUCCGCCGCCCUCGUUUCCAGCCGCCACUCACUUUUCCCUUCGCCCCCCUCGUUCCCCUCCGCCGCCCUCGUUCCCCUCCGCCGCCCUCGCUUCCUCCGCCUCAUUCGUCUCCAUCCAUCCCCUUCAUUUCUCUCCGCCGCAUUCGUUUCCCCCCCUCGCCCUCGUUCCUCUCCGCCGCAUUCGUUUCCCUUCCCCUCCCUCGUUUCCCUCCGUCGUCCACAAUCCCCCAAGUCGCCGUAGUGUCUUCGCCCCUUCUGUUUUCCCCGCCGCCCUCGUUUCCCUCCGCCGCCCUAUUUGGCGCGCUAACUUUCCCUCCGCUGCCCUCGUUUAGCUCCACCCCCCUCGUUUUCCUCUGCCGCAUUCGUUUCCCCCCUUCGCCCUCGUUCCCCUCCGCUCUCGUUCCUCUCCGCCAUUCUCGUUCCUCUACGCCACUCUCGUUCCUCUACGCCACUCUCGUUCCUCUACACCACUCUCGUUCCUCUCCGCCACUCUUGUUCCUCUACGCCACUCUUGUUCCUCUCCACCACUCUCGCUCCUCUACGCCACUCUCGUUCCUCUCCGCCACUCUCGUUCCUCUACGCCACUCUCGUUCCUCUACGCCACUCUCGUUCCUCUCCGCCACUCUCGUUCCUCUCCGCCACUCUCGUUCCUCUACGCCACUCUCGUUCCUCUACGCCACUCUCGUUCCUCUCCGCCACUCUCGUUCCUCUCCGCCACUCUCGUUCCUCUACGCCACUCUCGUUCCUCUCCGCCACUCUCGUUCCUCUACGCCACUCUCGUUCCUCUACGCCACUCUCGUUCCUCUCCGCCACUCUCGUUCCUCUACGCCACUCUCGUUCCUCUCCGCCACUCUCGUUCCUCUACGCCACUCUCGUUCCUCUCCGCCACUCUCGUUCCUCUACGCCACUCUCGUUCCUCUCCGCCACUCUCGUUCCUCUCCGCCACUAUCGUUCCUCUACGCCACUCUCGUUCCUCUACGCCACUCUCGUUCCUCUACGCCACUCUCGUUCCUCUCCGCCACUCUCGUUCCUCUACGCCACUCUCGUUCCUCUCCGCCACUCUCGUUCCUCUACGCCACUCUCGUUCCUCUCCGCCACUCUCGUUCCUCUACGCCACUCUCGUUCCUCUCCGCCACUCUCGUUCCUCUCCGCCACUAUCGUUCCUCUACGCCACUCUCGUUCCUCUACGCCACUCUCGUUCCUCUCCGCCACUCUCGUUCCUCUACGCCACUCUCGUGCCUCUCCGAUCCCCUCGUUUCCCUCCCCCCCCUUCGUUUCCCUCUCUCGUGGACAUUCUCCCCCUGUCGCCCUCGUGCCUCUCCGAUCCCCUCGUUUCCCUUCCCUGCCCUUGUUUCCCACCGUCGUUUAUAUAUGGGUAGUUUGCAGUAG